AUGGGGCCUUGUGGCGAAUAUGAAGAAGUCCCUGUGGAGUUAGACAUGUACCAAAGCUCUUACAUGAUUGACUAUAAGCCCUACGGGAAGCACAAAUACUCCAUGGUCACACCGCAGGAGCAGGUGAAGCUUGAAGCCCAACUCCGGGACCAGGAAUUUUCCAGGCCCACUCCCAGCCCCAACCCCAAGCUGUCCGAUGGAUACUCUGCCUUCAAAAGAUCCCACAUGACGGCCAAAGACCUGGGACUCCCAGGAUUCUUCCCAGCCCAGGACCCUGGGACCACGGGGGAGGAUGAGAACAGGUUCACCAGCACCCACCCUCACACCUACCCCGCCCCCCACACUCUGUACCUGGCCCCUGGUGACCCCAACAGGCUUCACCAGGGCGCAGACUUCCCGUGCCUGCUGGAGCCCGAGCAGCAGCCUGCUGCAGAGGAGGGCACCGGCUACCUUCUCCUGCCGGGGUGCCCCUGCACUCGCCACCCGACAGUCAAGGUCCCUGUUUUGUACCGGUGGGGACCUUUGCUGCCAUUUUACCAGUAG